AAGGAGGGAGGUGGCAGAAAAUACCGCAAAGAAGAGGACAACAUGCAUGGCGUACCUUUUAUUUUGGACGUGGCAAAAAUAGAAUAAAAAACAUGGUUAUACAAGCUAUUUGUCAAUCCGGAAUGGCUGGAUGAUACGGUAAUGUUUUUGUACUAUAAUUAUAGAAAUAUAACAGUUUGUUUGGAUGUAAUACUUGAAUGUGAAAUAUAACAGUUAGUUUGGCUGGAUUGAUGAAUUGUUUGUUUUUGGAAAAUUUUCAGCAUAUUUUUGUAGGAAUGCACUACUUGAAUGUGAAGCAAGUGCAGUACAAGGUGAACUACCCCUACAGCACAAGUGGCCCAUUUUUUAUGCAAAUGUUGAAACGGCUGAAUGACAAGAUAGAAAAAGGGCAGGCAACGAUUCAAGACGCAGCAAACAUUGCGGUCAUCGAAGAUGACAUUAUGGGUAGUGCUUCACCAUUUUCUAGGGGCUGGGCAGAUUGUGAUUUCGUGUACCUACCUCUUAACAAUAACAACCACUGGGUUUUACUGGUUUUGGACGUUAAAAAAAAGAAAAUACGGGUUUACAAUUCCAAAAGCAGAAGGGCGGAUAGUGUAAGAGACAUUAGACCAUAUGUUUCGAGCUUACAACGCUUGCUCCCAAAAAUAAUGGAUGUGCAUGGGGUUUAUGAAGAAAUUGGGUUGGAGCGUAUGGAAAACAAAGUGUUGGAGUUGGAGGCUGUGGAGGACUGCCCACAACAAGAAGACGGGUAACAUCUUACCUGUACAUUAUUUUACUGACAAAUAUUAAAAUUUUGACAUUAAUAUGUACAACUAUAAUAAUUAAGUACUAAUAGUCUUGCAUUAAUGCAGGGGCAACUGUGGCAUGUACGUAUUGAUGAUGGCCGAGUUUUUUAUUAUGGGACUAGAUAUAAAAGAUAUCAAGUCAAAGGACAUGCCCAUGUAUAGGAAAAAAAAAAAAGGGAAGGACUUUGAAGAUUGAAUACUGAAGGAUGGGAGAGGGAUGGAUGAGAAGCAAAGUAGUUGCUAUUCAAAAUUUGCAUCAAAUUUGACAUUGUGAACAUUUUUCUUGUCUAUUUUAAGUAGUUUGACCUCAAAUGCAGAUAGAGUAUUUUGGUUUACUGAUGUAG